UUUUUUGCGCAAUUUAGAGCAAUUAGGAGUUAGUCUACCAGAGCGGACGACACCGACCUGGAUCCAAAUAAAAUCCCCGCCGCCCACCCGAGAGUUCCCCCAACCCAAUUCUCCAACGCUCCCCUUCCCUCCCCGCCAUAACCGGGGCGGCAGCCGGAGCGAUCACCCGUUAUUGAUCCACCACCACCACCGCAACGAUGGCGGAGGACCUGGCCGGGGGCGUCGCAGGAGCGGCGGCGUCGGUGGACCCCGAUGGCCCCGACGGCGUCCGCAUGACGUGGAACGCGUGGCCCCGAUCGAAGGUGGAGGCGAGCAAGUGCGUUAUCCCCGUGGCGGCGUCCAUCGCCCCGAUCCGGGCAUCUCCCUCCCUCCUCGUCCUCCCCUAUGCUCCACUUCGGUGCAAGCCCCCCUGCGCCGCGGUCCUCAACCCCUUCGCCCGCGUCGACUUCGCCGCCAAGAUCUGGAUCUGCCCCCUCUGCUUCUCUCGCAACCACUUUCCUCCGCACUACGCCGCCAUCAGCGAGACCAACGUCCCCGGCGAGCUCUAUCCCCAGUGCACCACCGUCGAGUACGCCCCCCCGCCUAUCGACGCCGCCGCAGCCGCCAUCCCGCCACCCGUCUUCCUCUUCGUUCUCGACACCUGCCUCAUCGAGGAGGAGCUGGGAUUCGUCAAGUCCGCCAUGCGCCGCGCCAUCGGCCUCCUCCCCGACCACGCCCUCGUCGGCCUCGUUACUUUCGGCACCCAGGUCUACCUGUACGAGCUCGGCUUCUCCGAUCUGUCCAAGAUUUACGUCUUCCGAGGCACCAAAGAGAUCUCCAAGGAGCAGAUCCUGGAUCAGCUUGGCCUCUCCGCUGCCGGUCUUCGCCCCGGUACUGCAGGGGCCUCUGGGUACCCCAAAGCGAGGCUCCAAGCCAACGGAUUGCUUCCUUCCGGGUCCGUCAAUAGGUUCCUGCUCCCGGCCUCCGAUUGUGAAUACGCUCUUAAUGCGCUGUUAGAUGAGCUGCAGACGGAUCAGUGGCCUGUGGAAGCUGGAAACCGGGCUCUGCGGUGCACUGGGGUUGCUCUCAGUGUUGCGGCUGGCUUAUUGGGAGCAUGCAUUCCCGGUACUGGGGCUCGCAUCAUAGCUUUGGUCGGCGGGCCAUGUACGGAGGGCCCUGGAAUGAUUGUGUCAAAAGAUUUGUCAGAGCCAGUACGUUCACAUAAAGAUCUUGACAAAGAUGCAGCUUCACAUUUCCACAAAGCUGUUAAAUUUUAUGAUAAUCUUGCCAAACAGCUGGUUAACCAGGGCCAUGUCUUGGACCUUUUUGCUUCUGCACUUGAUCAGGUUGGGGUUGCAGAAAUGAAAGUUGUUGUUGAAAGAACAGGUGGUCUUGUUGUUUUGGCUGAAAGUUUUGGACACUCAGUCUUUAAAGACUCUUUCAAGCGAAUUUUUGAGGAUGGUGAACAAUCUCUUGGUCUUUCUUUUAAUGGUACACUUGAGAUCAACUGUUCCAAAGACAUCAAAAUUCAGGGAGUUAUUGGACCGUGUACGUCUUUGGAAAAGAAAGGAGCUCUUUGUGCUGAUACAAUCAUAGGCCAGGGAAAUACGACUUCAUGGAGGAUGUGUGGUCUCGAUAGGAGUACUUGUUUGACCGCCUUCUUUGAUAUAUCACCAAGUGAACGGUCAAGCCAGCCAGGAAGUACAAAUCCACAAUUAUACAUACAGUUUUUGACAAACUAUCAGAAUCCUGAAGGUCAAAUGAGGCUACGAGUUACAACUGUCACUAGGAGAUGGGUGGAUGGUUCUGCCAAUACAGAGGAAUUGGUUGAAGGGUUUGACCAGGAAACUGCAGCUGUUGUUUUAGCAAGAUAUAUAUCCUUGAAGAUGGAGAUGGAGGAAGAGUUUGAUGCAACACGAUGGUUGGACAGAUCCCUCAUCCGCCUUUGCUCGCGAUUUGGUGACUAUCGAAAAGAUGAUCCUGCUUCCUUCACAUUGCAUCCAAAUUUCUCAAUAUUUCCACAAUUUAUGUUUAAUCUUCGGCGCUCGCAAUUCGUACAGGUUUUUAACAAUAGUCCAGAUGAGACUGCUUAUUUCCGUAUGUUGUUGAAUCGGGAGAGUGUUACCAAUUCCGUUGUCAUGAUUCAGCCUUCACUGCUUUCAUAUUCCUUUAAUUCACCUCCUGCUCCUGCAUUGUUGGAUGUAGCAUCUAUAUCGGCAGACCGUAUCCUAUUGCUUGAUACAUAUUUUAGUGUUGUUAUUUUUCAUGGUAUGACGAUUGCUCAAUGGCGCAACAUGGGCUAUCAGAAUCAGCCAGAGCAUCAGGCCUUUGCUCAGCUAUUACAAGCUCCUCAAGAUGAUGCACAAAUGAUCAUUAGAGAUCGUUUUCCUGUUCCCAGAUUAGUUAUUUGUGAUCAACAUGGCUCCCAGGCAAGAUUUUUGUUGGCAAAGUUGAACCCAUCAGCUACAUAUAACUCUGCGCAUGAGGUGGCUCCAGGCUCUGAUAUCAUCUUCACAGACGAUGUCAGCCUUCAAGUAUUCUAUGAACAUCUUCAGAGGCUGGCUGUUCAGUCAUGAGGACAUCAUUCUUCAACAUUGGUCCUCAUAUAUAGUCAAUGUCAAGCCAGUCUUCUCACUGAAAUAAUUGCGCAUCAAAUCUUUUUGAUGUUGGAUGAUGAAUCCAGCUUACAGGAACAAAGAUAUUAGAUAGCUGGCUGUUUUGAUAUACUUAGAUGAGGGAUGGUUUGAGCGACUCAUUAUCUCAGUUUGUAAGUUUGAUAUUAAAGGAUUUUGUAUACGGAUCUGAGUUAUGAUACUGUAGACUGGAAUUUUAGAGCGAGGCCAUACCUUUUAUUCCCUGUGACAUUUGCUUCCGUCCUCCCCCCCACCCCGUCUCUCUCUCUCUCUGGUCGGAGAAAGCCUAGUCAAAAUCAGGAUGAGGGUGGGAUCAAAUCCAGCCCAGUGAGUAUGUCAAUUCAAUGUUGUCAUCUUCUUCUGGACAACUUUCUUA